CGGCGAUAAGUAAAUCAAAUCAAAUCCAAUCCAUGCUAUUCUAUUGUUUUAUUGGAAUGGAAUAUCUUGGGUUGCUUCAAUCCUAAUAGAUCCAUGGAAGGAAUAACCUUAUUGACGUUUAACGUUCUUCUUCAAGGGAAAGAAAGGUGUUCUGCACAUUCACCCAAAGUACCCCUUCUCAUCUCUUGAUGAGAAUUGAUUUUCUGUCGCUCAUCUAUCUUCCUUUUCUCUUUCUUGAUUGGGAAGUCCCCUCUAUUUUACUCCUUCUUCUAACCAAUUACCUCGACUCUUACCUCGCUGGAAGAUAAGAACUUCCUGAUUUCAAGCGGGCAAAAUAUUUAGAUGCUGCUUCAACGAAUGCAUCCAUGUGUCCGACUCCAAAUGGCGACGGCCUAGAGCUUGAGAAAUCAAAUAAUAACCUUAACCAUCCUCACCAACCAUCCAUUUCAGUUACUGCACCUUCAGCAGAUGUUAUCGACGCAGGCUUGAAAAGCUUAGAUCACUGUGAGUAUAGUGAUUACGGAUUACUCCUACGCAAACUGCUCCUUUACUACGUUUCGUUAUCUUGCUAUUGAGACAUCUAUCGCGCAAAUCAGUAGAUGUAGCAAUAGCAGAUUUGUCGAAGACGUACCUCUUUGCUUUUAGAAUUCUCUCCUCGAGUCUUUGAGAGAAACUCUAUUCGUUAGCAUCAAAAUUAGUCGGCGAAAUUGUACUGACAACUACCCCGCAGACAAGCGCAAACUUCCACCAUGGAGAUACAAUAUGCGACAGGCUUUAUUGCCUUUAAUUCGAUGGGAGACUCCAUAUUUGGCUUGGAUGCAGGAUAAGAUGCGAUCCCCAGCACUCGACACUUAUUUCGCUGUCACUGCAAAUCUUGGAACACAUACUUUUUUCAUGAUUGUUCUUCCAAUUCUAUUUUGGUGUGGGCAUACAUCUUUGGGAAGAGGGUAAUGGAUUUCAUGACUGCUGGUCGCAGACAUCGACUAACUGGAUUUCAGGAUGGUUCACAUAUUGGCAACUGGAGUCUUUUUAACAGGAUUUAUCAAGGAUAUGUUCUCACUACCUAGACCAUUAUCCCCACCUCUACAUCGUAUUACUAUGUCAGGAUCCGCUGCACUCGAGUAUGGAUUUCCAUCAACGCAUUCUGCUAAUGCCGUAUCGGUGGCUGUAUAUGCGCUUUUCACUCUCCAUUCUCCAGAAUGUCAACUGCUUCCUACAACGAAACUGGCUCUGGAAAUUGUCAGUUAUUCUUACGCCUUGUCUAUUGUACUCGGACGACUUUAUUGUGGUAUGCAUGGUUUUGUGGAUGUAAUCGUUGGGAGUAUAUUAGGAGCUCUGAUAUCUGUCGUUGAGUGUGUGUAUGGAUCAACGAUUGAUAACUACCUUCACAGUAGUACAUGGAAGGCUCCUGUAACAAUCGCCAUUGUCAUUAUCAUUCUUAUCAGGGUCCAUCCCGAGCCGGCUGAUGAUUGUCCAUGUUUCGACGAUAGUGUCGCAUUUGCAGCGGUUAUGAUAGGAGUUGAACUUGGAGGUUGGCAUUAUGCUUCCGGCGGUUGGGCCUGGAACAUCCCAGUUCCAGCAACCGUUCCAUUCGACCUGAACCACAUGGGUUGGACCAUUGUAAUUUUGCGAGUUCUCAUCGGGGUAUUGGCAAUUUUUGCCUGGAGAGAAGUCAUGAAGCCAACAUUGCUGAAGUUCCUUCCACAUAUUUUUCGGGCCUUCGAAAACACAGGUUUAAUCUUACCUCGAAAAUUCUUUAUGCCUGCUUCAGAAUAUAACAACAUCCCAUCGAGACUCAAGGUCGAUAAUGUCAUGCCAUCUGUAUCCGACUUGCCAAGUUUGAUCUCAUCUAUACGACAUGUUGGGCGGGGUAGGGCUGUAUCUGUUGGACCCCAAUCAGCUGCCGAUGCAUACGAAACUCUUGCUUAUCGAGAAAAGAGACGAAGAGAUAGUCUUACUGAUAUUUUCGAAGGGAUGAGUUCACGUCAAACAACUACGAAAGAAACGAAGGAUAGUUUUGACUCUCAGCAACUUACCAUGGACGGUGCUGUAACGUCCGGGAUGUCAUCGAUGGAUGGAGGCAUGAAUUUAGUGACUCCAGCACAGUCAAGAGUUGGUUCAUAUGAACAAAUGAUGGGGGCAGGCCAUGUUAUGUACAAUACAGGAUUAUCUACUCCAGGUUUUGAAGGGGAUAAUGCUGAAGAGGAGGAGAUUACUGUUGGACAGGAAAAUGAGCUAGAUGAGACGGAAAUGUUCUCUAGGCUAGAAAAACCUCGUGUGAGAUAUGAUGUUGAGGUAGUCACGAAGCUCGUAGUUUACAGUGGUAAGUUCAGAUGGGAAUACGGGAUUCAAAUUAGCCACUGACAAUUUUUAGGUAUCGCCUGGUUAGCAGUCGAAGGUAAUCCUAUAAUUUUCGAAGUCAUCGGUUUAGGUAUGGGAGUAUGAAUAUAUCAUGACGUAUACCCUAAACUCAUUAUGAUACUGGGCUUAGGGAAUUACCCACGAUGCGAUCAUGCUAUUUGGCGGGCGGAGGGGUAACGCAUUAACCCUGGACAUGGAGUUAGGUGGUACAUAGAUUUUAGGAUAUGUACCCUAGUAUAUCAUGAGGCGUUACGGCAUUCGUCUAAUUGCAAGCAUGCUCAUGCUUUGAU